AUGACUGGCCUCGCGUCAUCGCGGCACGCCCCGCCCUUCCCACGCUCAACGCGACAUGGAGGAGGGCAACAACACAACGCGAACUUCGUCGUGACACCCGCCCCGAUCACCUCUGGUGUCCGCGCUACGACAUCUUCUUCCUCGGCCCCUCCAAUCACUCGCUCAUCUCCCACCAAGCACCCAACCGACGACAACGAUGACGCGCCGUCCCGCUCACCCCAUUUCCGCCCGCACCCCCCGGGCAACCGCCUCCGACGCCCCUCUGCGUCCACGUCCGCUGCCCACGAGCUCGCACGAUAUACCAAAAUUGUACGACGACUAAAAUGGAAGCUGCCGUUUUUGGCACAGGGUUACCGACAAGCUGUGGAUCGGCUUGGGGUCGAACCCCACGUGGUGACUGAGGCCGAGCUCAUGUUCAAGCUGGACUUUUUCGAGUACUACAUGCUGAUCGAGCGGGCGUUGGUCCAUUUGUUGGGGGUAUUUGGAGUGGAAGUCUCGCCCUCAUCACGUGGGAGGAGCACUAGAGGAGGAGAAGAGGAGGAGGAGGAGCCUGCAGCAACCUAUGACAAGAACGAGAACAACAAAGUCAACACGGCCAACGGCAGCGCGCCGCUUACCGAAAAGGGUCUGCGAGCAAGUGUCUGGCGCGGUGAUGGACGGGGACCGCGUCAGCACAGGUACCAUGCCAACGUGCUGGCGGCGUUGGACCGCGAGGAUAGCCCGCUGCGAGGGACAUUGGGCUCCGGCGAGGUGAGGUUGCAGCUACGGCGGGCUAAGGAUUUGCGGAACCGGUGGAAGACAGCUGCGGAUGAGGAGGAGGAGCAGGUGGGGCAAGAGGAAGAGCUCGGACAAAGAAAUCAGUCCGAUACGGGGGAUGUAGAACGCUCGCGCAGCCUGGGACGUUUUGGCGAGCCACCGGCCGCGAUGGACAGUGGGAAUACUUUGGAAAGCGAGAAAGGGCAAGGGAGGGGAAAAUCCUGGUGGUCGAGGAAAAGAGCCGCGGCGGCAGCGCCUUUGGACUCGUAUCGGCUUGAGCACAUGUUGGAGGUCAUCUUCCUCGGGUUUGACGAGGCGUUCCUCGUCGCCGAAGCUCACGUGCGAGGCAGUGGUGCUGGGAGUGGGGACGCAGACGUGGUCGGCGAGGAUGAAAUGGCGAUGGACUGGACAGCUAUCGGGGAUGAGGAGGAACAAUGGGAGUUCAUGGUGGAUGCGAUGGACUGGGAAGCGGUCUGA